AUGGCGGAAUGGAACGGGUUGGGUGGACCUGACCAUAGUCAAUCAGUGGUGAGCAUAGCUCGGCAGAAGUUGCUCAAGGAUGCAAUGGACGCGUACCUCAAGGUAGAGCUGCGUCGGCAGCAGCGCGAGGCUCUAGAAAUGCACAAAGCCUGUUCUGCGGGCACUGAUAAGAUGUUUGACAAGAUGGAACAGGCCUUUGAUGUAGCCUCAAGGCGCGCUGCCUCACGCCGAAGUCGCGUUCUUGUCUCUCAGGCUGUCGCGGAGUACGCCCGGGUUGCCGCUGCUGCUUCCGUCCUCACCUUCGACAGUGGACUGGCCAACUUUAACACCACUGCACAAUGGGCUCUGCGCCGGCUGCGUGCUGAUCUGGAGGCUACCGAGGACCUCCUCGCUACCUCUGAUUGGCUGGCGGGUGCAAGACUUAUCUAUGAGGAGGUGGCGAGGCUACGCGGCCUUGCAGCCGACCCAGCGGACCCUACUCGACCUUUUCUGCAGUGGGCGAAGCUCUUGCCACCUCCACUUCAUGAUCCAAAUUAUCAAACCAGUGGUGGGCCUUCCGCCUUUAGUCUGCCUCCACACUUGCCCCACUUCGAUCCCGAUAAAAUGCGACUACCCACGCCACCCGUAUGGAAUGAAGCGGUAGAAGCGGGUGGGGGCGUGAGCGAUGCCGACAACUUCGAAACGAGAUACGGACCAUCCUAUCUACCAUUUGUCUCCGAUGCUGCGGAUAUGGACAGUGAACAGCUAGCGUGGUCAGUGUACGAAGACGCCGAUGGCAAGUCUGAUCAAGGCGAGACAGACUGGCCGAAAGACCUCCUCCAGUCAAGUUCAAGGAAAAAAAGGCCCUCAUCACACCAACAGGGAGAGACUUCAAAGCCCUCCAGUGCAGAUGGUGGCAUUGUGGACGUCUUUCAGCUCAACUGGGUUCAUCUCCUUUGUUUUGCUCUGUUUCUGGACGGCUUUUGGCUCGUGCAUCGUGUCCUCCAUACCGUAGAUACGGCGGAAAGAAUUCUCUACGGAGAGCCUAUUGUCAUCGAUUGCACGGAUAAAGGUUUGAAGCGGCGACUCAUGAAGCGAAAUCGUUUUAGAAAAGGCGCGAAGUCUGCUUUCAAGACGUUCAUGCGUCCAGACUGCGUGAGACGAAUCUGUGCAGGUGCCUUAACACUCCUAAUUGUUUGUCUGGCCUCGGCGCAUGUGAAGGAUAUCCUUUCCGAGCAUGUGCUGGACUACACUGGUUACUACGACAAUCUUAUGAUGGACGUUCAUCUGCACGCCCGCUUUGUCAACCUACACAUCGUCAGCUCAGCCCGCCGUUUAACACAUCAGGAGUUGGCAACCACAGAGGCACACGCAGAGCAUCGCUAUCAAGAGGCCCAAUUCCUCCUCUACCAUUGGACCGGGUGGUUGAAUCGAGUUGAAAUAGAGCAAUGCCGAGUCCUCCUUAUGUACAAAGAAGCUGCACGGGCUCUCCGUUCCAAAAUCGUCGCCGACGAAGGCCUUUUGGGUGGUGGUGGUGGUGGCGGUGGUAGUAGUGGUGGUGAUGUUGGAGAUAGCGCUGGACACUUUUCUCCUCUGCCUCCAUGGUCUUCAGCUUCUUCAUCGACGUCUUCCUCCUCCACAGUCAACGCAUCAGCUUCCAGUGAAGCCUUUGUACCCCGCCACUGCCGCUUGUCUCCCGCAGAGCGUGCAGCGGAGUUACGUCAGCUACGUCGUCUUGAACCACCCCACUGCCCUAUUAAUGUCAUUACACCAAGACUCUUCCAUGGGUGA